AUGAUUAUAGCUGUGGAUCAAAUGAACCCGAGAAGAGCUCCGAGCUGGCACUUCACACACAUGUUUCGUGCACAAAGGGUCUUUGCUAGCAGGGUCGAAGGGCGCUUCAAACCACGCCCAACAUGCCAGCUCCGCCAUCUAUGGACAACGGCGAACCGGCUAUCAAUGCCGGCAAAACUUCAAGGAUCGUUCAAGACUAAUGAAAGACCUAUUAAAACAACUCUUACCGAUUCGGCUACCUUCGAAGAAGACCAGCAAAUUCACGGCUUGAUCUCCUCUCUUCCUCUCGUUCGGUAUCUCCGCUCAACCAGCCACUCGUCCACGAUAGCUGCCGGGCAACCAAAAUACACGGAAUUCCACCUUCAUAGCAAGAUUCACCCGUCUGCCGUUUCUACGCAUUUAGUCGGUGGCUCUCUCCUUGGUCAGAACAAACUGCCCAUACGCCCGCAGCUUUUUGUGCGCGAUGGUCCGACUGUUCGCAUGAUAGCAACAUGCUACAUAGGCUCUCAAUUAUGUGGCCACCCGGGUUACGUUCACGGCGGCUUGCCCUUCGUGUUGUUCGACGACCUGUUCGCGCGAUGCGCAUCGAUGACGUUCAACAGUGGCGUGGGCAUGACUGCCAACAUGGACCUGCAAUUCCGUAAGCCGUCGAUUCCAGAUCGCGUAUACAUUGUUCGUGCCGAGGCGAUGAAGAGAGAAGGCCGCAAAGUAUGGUUGAGCGGCUCGAUGAGGUGCCUGGAUUCAUUUACAGCCGAGCAAAUGGCUGCGAAGCCGGCUGCCACUGGGGACGGCCUAUCAGUAGAAGAGGAACAGGGAAGCUUAGUUGUUGAGGCCAGCUCGCUGUUUGUGGAACCCAAAUUCGCAAUGGUACCACUCUUCCAAAACGAGUAG